AUGACUAGUCUUGAAAUUGCUGGGUAUCUCAUCUUUAGAAAUUGCGAUGCCGCUGCUGAAGGACACAACCAAGAGAAGCAGGACAUAUGGAAGCUCAUGCCGCCAAAUGCGAAGACCCUCGAAGUUUACUUCGAAGGCGAGCAAGGGCUCUUUGGUUUCCUCUGCCAACCCGUAAAUGAAAUUACAGAAGGCAAGGACAGCUUUCUCUGCUAUUGGUAG